GCAUUCUUCAACAUCUAAGCACAAACCGAUUCAAACUUCAAACCCACCAAUACAACCAAUACAACCAAUACAACCAAACAUCCUGUUGUUCGCCGCAAUGGAAUCCAUUGAGCAUUCGCUGAGACUCAAGGACGGCAGAAUCCUCGCCUACCACACGUUCCCGGGGGCAAAGGCCGAAAACGCUUGUGGAACGGGCAUCGAUGAUCCGACAGCCGCAACCRAAGCAAGAACAACUCCCCCCGAGCGGCCCCACCCGGUGCUSUAUUUCCACGGCUUCCCCGGCUGCGGGGCCGARGGGGGCGUCCACUGCGCCCGAUCCGUGGCCCUUGCCGGGGGGGAGCUCUUUGCGAUCGACCGGCCCGGCAUGGGCAGGACCUCGAGCCCGUACGUGUCCCGGCACCCGGACGGCGAGGGGGGGAGCAACCUCUGUGCGCUCGUGGACAGCGUCUGGGAGCUGGUCRCMGACCGGGGCUGGGAGGACUUUUCGGUGAUUGGUGUGAGCGGGGGCGGCCCGUACGCCCUUGCCCUUCUGGCCUCCUACCUCGAGCGGACCCGUGGCAAACCCGCAGGCAGCAACAGCAACAACAACAACAACAACAACAACAACAACAACAACAACAACAACAACAACAACAGCAACAGCAACACCAACAGCAACAACAACAACAACAACAACAACAACAACAACAACAACAGCAACAUUCCCCAGCCCCACCUCCGGAACGUCUCCCUGGUCGGGGCCAUCUGCCUCGCGGCCGGAACGGAGGGGAUCGAGACCGGGCUGGGGUCGAUCGUCCCGCUGGUGGAGGCCGCGCCUUUUUCGUUCUGGAGCCGCCUCUUCCUGCGGACCAACGCGGUCCUGGCGGGGGGCCUCUUCCGGUACCUCCUCCCGUGGGUGCCGGUGGGGUGGGYGGCGGCGGCGAACUCGUACGCUACUUCGGGCCUGCCGGCGUCGGACCGGGAGUGGCUGUCCGAACCGGGGAACCUCGGGCCCUACCUGGUGGCCCUGGGGGACAUGGCGGCCCGGGGGGGAUACCCCGGGAUCUACGACGACCAGUCCAUCGUCCUGCARCCCUUCCACCCCCACGAGGAGGUCCUCAAGGGGUUCUACGGAGGUUGCGACGACAGCAGCAGCAGCAGCCUCCCGUCGGYGGGGAUCUUCCAGGGCGCGGUGGACGCCAACGUUCCGGCCUCCCACGCAAGACAUCUCCACGAAUYCGUCUUUUGCGAGCGAUCGGAACUCUUGGUGUACGAAGGCCUGGGGCACGUGUCGCUGAUUGCGGGCAAAGCGGGGGACUACUCGUCGUUCGCAACGAAGCCAUGAAACGAAACGAAACAAACAAAACAACAAAGUACAACUACAGUAGACUAUAGUGAAGUAAAGUAAAGUAAAGUAAAGUAA